AUGAAGCUGUCCGCUGCGCUGCUGGGCCUGGCCGGCCUGGCUUCGGCGGCUUCGUCGUUCCAGUCGGUCCACCGCAACCACGACACAAACGACUACUAUGUCCUCCACCUUGACCCCGAAACCUCCCCAGACCAGGUCGCCCUGCACCUCGGCCUGACACACGAAGGCCAGCUCGGCGAGCUCGAAGACCAUCACGUCUUUUCUAGCGACAAAACGGAGCACGAUGUCGUCAAGCGCGAGUUGACGGAAAGAAAACGCCGGAAGCGGGACCUCCCCGAACUGGCCGACCGCAAUGCCCUGGACGGCGUGCUCUUUGCCCAGAAGCAGGCCCUGCGCAAGCCGUGGGAGAAGCGUGUUGUUCCGCCACGGGUUGGCCCGUCGCCCCCCGCACUCCAAGCCAAGGCGGACACAGUCAACCCUGCGGCGUUGGCCAAGCUCAACAAGGUUGCCGACACCCUGGGCAUCAAGGACCCCAUCUUCAAGGAGCAGUGGCAUCUGAUCAACACACUGUAUCCGGGCCACGACGUCAACGUCACCGACCUCUGGCUGGAGGGCAUCACCGGCCAGAAUACCACCGUCGCCAUUGUGGACGACGGGCUCGACAUGGACAGCGACGACCUGAAACCGAACUACUAUGCGGCCGGCUCCUACGACUUUAACGACAAGAACCCUGAGCCGCGUCCCAAGCUCUCCGACGACAGGCAUGGCACGCGCUGUGCUGGCGAGAUCUCGGCCGCCAAGAACGAUGUGUGUGGUGUUGGCGUUGCCUAUAACUCCAAGAUUGCCGGGCUUCGUAUCCUCUCCAAGGCCAUAUCGGAUGCCGACGAGGCCGUCGCCCUCAACUACGACAUGCAGAACAACCUCAUCUACUCCUGCUCCUGGGGCCCGCCGGACGACGGCCGUAGCAUGGACGCCCCCGGCAUCAUCAUCCGCCGCGCCAUGCUCAACGCGGUCCAGAAGGGCCGUAACGGCCUCGGUUCCAUCUACGUAUUUGCCAGCGGCAACGGUGCUUCCCAAGAGGACAACUGCAACUUUGACGGCUACACCAACAGCAUCUAUAGCAUCACCGUCGGCGCCAUCGACUACCAGGGCAACCACCCCUACUACUCCGAGAAAUGCUCUGCCAGCCUGGUUGUUACCUAUUCCAGCGGCGGCGGCGAGGCCAUCCACACCACCGACGUCGGUACCAAUGCCUGCUACAACCAACACGGUGGAACGUCGGCUGCGGCGCCGCUGGCGGCUGGUAUCUUCGCGCUCGCCCUGCAGGUUCGGCCUGACCUCACGUGGCGCGACAUGCAGUACCUCGUCAUGCUCACGGCUGUGCCUGUCAACACCGACGAUAAGGACUGGCAGAAGACUUCCAUCGGCCGCUACUACAGCCACACCUAUGCCUACGGCAAGGUUGAUUCGUACGCGCUCGUCGAGAUGGCCAAGACAUGGAAGAAUGUCAAGCCGCAGGCCCGGUACUACAGCCCUUGGGUCCACGUCCACCAGGCGAUCCCCCAGGGCGAUGUCGGUCUCGCUGUGUCCAUUGAAAUCACCGAGGACAUGCUCGACGAGGUCAAUUUUGAGCGCAUCGAACACGUCACUGUCACCAUGAACGUUGAGCACACCUGCCGCGGUGACCUCAGCGUUGAUUUGAUCAGCCCCGACAACAUUGUCAGCCACCUCUCCGCCACCCGCAAGCAUGACAAGGCCACCACAGGUUACGAAGACUGGACCUUCAUGAGCGUUGUUCACUGGUACGAAUUUUCCGUCCCGCGGGUUUGGGCCUGUCGUUUCUUUUAUGACAGGGGCGAAUUUGGUGUUGGAAAAUGGACGCUCGUCGUCAAGGACACCGUUGUCAACGAACACAGCGGCAACCUGACCGACUUCCACCUCAAGCUGUGGGGCGAGUGCAUCGAUGCCUCCAAGGCCACUCUGCUCCCCAUGCCCAAGGAGACCGACGAUGACGACCAUGAUAUUACUAGUACCACUACGUUGCAAGCGUCCACUACCACGCUCCCUCCUGGUGGGCAAUCUACGGGCAACUCGGUGACCACCAAACCUGGCGACCACCCCGACCGCCCCGUCAAGCCCACGUCGAAGCCCGCGUCAAAGCCCGCGUCACAGCCCACGACGUCAACAUCCCAGGGUGCUUCACCGGCCAAGCCGACAGAUGGUGCCGGCGACAAGGGCGGCACUGACGUCGAGCACGAUACAGCACCCGCCGCCACAACCAGUCAGACAUCCUGGCUGCCUGCCUUUAUGGCCAACAUGUCGACGAAGAAGCAGAUUUGGAUUUACGGCGCGCUAGGCGCCAUUGUUGCCUUUUGUCUGGGUCUGGGCGUGUACCUGUACAUGGCCCGCCGCAAGCGGCUCCGGAACGACUCGCGCGAUAACUACGAAUUCGAGCUGCUCGACGAAGAAGAGGGCGAGGCUCUGAACGGUGGUGGCGGCGGCGGCGGGCUCGGCAGCCACGGCGAGAAGGGAUUGGGUGGCCGCAAGGGACGCCGCAAGGCCACGCGCGGCCGGGAGCUGUACGACGCGUUUGCCGAUGGGUCCGAGGACGACGACGAGGACGACCUGGAGGGUGAUAGCAGCGGGUCUGGUAGCCAUGGCCACGGGCACGGUGUCCGGCGUUUCAGUCUGAGCUUGGACGAAGACGACGAUGACGACGACAGCUACGACGACGUCGAUGCAGGGCGCCAGCGGGCGUACCAUGAUCGGUCCAGCGAGCACUUGCCCGCAGCGACCACCGACACGACCACCACAGCAGCAGCGCGGCGACAAGUCGCCGAUGAAGAGGAGCCGCAGCACCACGUGAUUGGCAGUGACUCGGACGAAUCAGACGAAGACGGCGAUGGUGCCGCAGCGCGGCCUGGCAACAACGCGAGGCUGUUGUGA